AUGUGUGCACAGUGGCUUGGUGUUAUAAAAUGUCCUGGUUGGAAUGAAUUUAUGGAAACUAUAACUGACUCUCCGGAAUAUCAAGAAACGCAAAUUAGUUUUUUGCCAUUUGUAAACUUACCACCAAGCUCGCCCGAUUGUAUUCAUUCGGUUUUGAUUUUCGCAGCUCAAGAAUGUAAAAAAUUAAACCAAAGAACGUGUUUUGUAACUUUUGACCAACCCUUAUACAUAAAAGCACGAAAUAUUGUUGAAUCCUCUAAAUUAAAUCCACAAAUAGUAGUAAGACUUGGCGGGUUUCAUCUUCUUAUGUCAUUUAUGGGUUCAAUUGGUUAUAUUAUGGCUGGUAGUGGUUUGCGAGAAUUAUGGAAAACUAUAUAUGCAGCCAAUUCAAUUGAUAAAAUGAUGACAGGACAUGCAUAUUCAAGAGCAGUACGUGCACAUAAUAUGUUAACUCCGCUUUGUCUUUCAAAAAUAAUUUUGGACGAAAUUGAAUUAACUGAAGAAUAUAAAAUCACUUUAAAAAAUUAUAUUUCAAGUACAGAUUAUAUAACGUCCACUUUGGAAGAUAUAUAA